AUGUCGCCGAUUCAAGUUUCCGAGUCGCUCUCUCAAGCUCUGACCGUUCUUCUUAUGGAGGUAGUUAAGAGAAAGGAGGAACUCCAAGGUAUGAAGCCGCGAAAUGAUCCCCUCAAGCAGACCCUCAGUACCACCCAGGAGGUGUGCGUCGAGCUUCUUGCGGACAGCACUCAUCUCGGUAAUGAGUAUAUCACUGCUCUACAGCAGAUCAAGGAUCUUGAAUCCGCGUCUGGUUCUGACAGCCACCCCGACAGCGUUGAUCACCUCUCGAUUGAAUCCGCCGAGUCGGCCAUCUUUGAGCGACGGGAGUGGCUAGACCAGUACCACCUUUCCUCUCCGCAGACGUGUAGGCGCCCUCACCUUGCCGAAGAGCUGUUCUCCAACCGUGAGAGUCAGAAAGCCCUUAUCGAGGUUGGAAAGGCCCUGAAAAGCAAGGACCUCGACGUGUGUGAUCGGGUCGAUGCGAAGAUCCUUAUCGCAUGUAUCCAGCGCUCUGCCAAUGACCAAACCCGGGUCAUCGCAACGCUCAACGAGGCCCACGAUAUCAUUGACCGGCAUCCGGAAUUCUAUCAGGAGGCUAUGGGCUACCUUGUGCCUGUGACCGAAGCGAAAGGAUACGAGAAGGCAGUCGAUAUACAGAUGCAACUUGUUGGAGUGGCUAUUGCAGCGGAAAACGAAUCGGCAGUGGGAGUAGAAACCGAAGGAUCCCAUUCCAUGUCUACCGGCUGGUCUCAUUAG